GCCCCGCUCACUUCCUGCCCCGCCGCCGCCGCCGCCGCCGCCGCCGCCCCCGACCCCGGCACCGGCACCGGCACCGGCACCGGGCACCCCCGGGCACCCCCGGGCACCGACCCGCCGCCAUGUCGUUCCGGAAGGUGGUGCGGCAGAGCAAAUUCCGGCACGUGUUCGGGCAGCCGGUGAAGACGGAGCAGUGCUACGAUGACAUCCGCGUGUCCCGCGUCACCUGGGACAGCACCUUCUGCGCCGUCAACCCCUCCUUCGUCGCCAUCAUCGUGGAGGCCAGCGGCGGCGGCGCCUUCCUCGUCCUCCCCCUGCACAAGACCGGCCGCAUCGACAAGUCGUACCCCACCGUGUGCGGCCACACGGGCCCCGUCCUCGACAUCGACUGGUGCCCCCACAACGACCACGUCAUCGCCAGCGGCUCCGAGGACUGCACCGUCAUGGUGUGGCAGAUCCCGGAGAACGGGCUGAGCCAGCCGCUGACAGAGCCGGUGGUGGUCCUGGAGGGCCACUCCAAGCGCGUGGGCAUCGUCACCUGGCACCCCACGGCCCGCAACGUGCUGCUCAGCGCAGGCUGCGACAACGUGGUGCUGAUCUGGAACGUGGGCACGGCGGAGGAGCUGUACCGGCUGGAGGGGCUGCACCCCGACCUCAUCUACAGCGUCAGCUGGAGCCGCGACGGCUCCCGCUUCUGCACCGCCUGCAAGGACAAGAGUGUCCGUGUCAUCGACCCCCGUCGCGGCACCGUGGUGGCUGAGAAGGAGCGGGCGCACGAGGGGGCGCGUCCCAUGCGCGCCAUCUUCCUGGCCGACGGCAAGAUCUUCACCACCGGCUUCAGCCGCAUGAGCGAGCGGCAGCUGGCGCUGUGGGACACGGAGAACCUGGAGGAGCCCAUGGGGCUGCAGGAGCUGGACUCCAGCAACGGGGCUCUGCUGCCCUUCUACGACCCCGACACCAACGUGGUCUACGUGUGCGGCAAGGGGGAUUCGAGCAUCCGGUACUUCGAGAUCACGGAGGAGCCCCCCUACAUCCACUUCCUCAACACCUUCACCAGCAAGGAGCCCCAGCGGGGAAUGGGCUGGAUGCCCAAGCGUGGGCUGGAUGUCAGCAAGUGUGAGAUCGCCAGGUUCUACAAGCUGCACGAGCGCAAGUGCGAGCCCAUCAUCAUGACGGUGCCAAGGAAGUCGGACCUGUUCCAGGACGACCUGUACCCAGACACGGCAGGCCCGGAGGCGGCCAUGGAGGCGGAGGAGUGGGUGGCGGGGCGCACGGCGGGGCCGGUGCUGGUGUCCCUGCGCCAGGCCUACGUGCCCCCCAAGCAGCGGGACCUCAAGGUGAGCCGGCGGGCGCUGCUGCACGACGGCCACGCCACCGCCGGGGCCGCCACCACGCCGACCCCCGCCGCCCCCGCCGCCCCCGCGCCCGCCCGGCUCAGCGCGCCCCCGGCACUGGGAACACUGGGAACGCUGGGAACCGGCACCGCCACGGGGGGCCGGCUGGAGGAGGUGCUGCAGGAGGUGGCGGCGCUGCGGGCGCUGGUGGCCGAGCAGGGCCAGCGCAUCGACCGCCUGGAGGAGCAGCUCAGCCGCCUCGAGAACGGCCACGUCUAGGGACCCCCUCAGGGACCACCGCCCCAGGGACCACGCCUGCGCCCCAGGGACCCCCCACCCCGCACCCUCCCACCCCUGGGGUGCCCCCUCACCCCGCUCUGGGUCCUUCUCCCCUUGGGGGGCUCCCCCCCCCAUUGCCUUACUGGG